AAGUGUCUCAGCUCCACACAUUAGACGAUGGGAAGUGUACCAAUAAAUUGCAUGAGUAAAAGUCCAGUACAUAUCCAAAUAAUGGAGUCAGAAAUUGAAAUAUUAAUUUAAAUUUUAAAUUUUAUUUUUAGAGUCUGUCUGUCCAACCAGAAUCCCUGUGGCUUCUCGUGAUGAGAAAGGCUUUGAGUUGAUGGUGGGUCUGAAUAUCCAAAGAAAGGCAAUUAAGAUCCCCGGCUCUUUGGUAUCGGAAAUAGCAUAUUCUCUUACUGCCUCCACUGACAUCACCGAGAACACCAGGUACUGUUAAGUACAAAUGUAUCCUCAAUGUUUCAGGAAUCUGGGUUGUGUUCCCUGCAUUUGGCUGUCAAAACUAACACAUUUUUAUAUUUUUUAACUUUGUUUUUAUUGAAGGGAUAUUUUUCCAGAAGGCCUGCCUCCAUCCUAUGUAUUUGUAGCCACCCUACGCCUGAAGGGCUCAUCUUCCAAGACAACCUUUGAUCUUCUGAGGGUUCUGUCCAAGAAUAAGGAGUUUCAGGUUGCUGUGACGCUAAAUGGAAAGGACAAAAGUGUCAUCUUCACCACCACUAAAAUGAAGGCGAACGAGCAAAGAAUCACUUUUCAUACUGGAUUUCAGAAAUUGUAUGACGGAAAAUGGCAUCAGCUCAAGCUUCUAGUGAGGCCAAAGCAGAUCACGGGUUUCCUCGACGAUCGACUGAUCCAGGAAAGGAAGCUUGAGCCGAUGGAGCCCAUUUAUAUCAAUGGCGAGACGCAGGUGGCAAAGAGGAGAGAACACGACAUCACUGUUCCUGUGGAUAUUCAGAAGCUGCGUCUGUACUGCGAUCCCCAUCAGAGUGAGAGAGAAACAGCCUGUGAGAUCUACUCUGUGGUAGGGGUCACAGUUCAACCUCAAAAUUCACUUUGUUUCUGUUUUUUGGCACAUUUUCCGAGGUCAGAGUGUUAAUAUGGUUUGUCCAUUCUCUCUGUCUCUCUCUUUUUUUUAUUCCUAUGUGUACAGGAUGAUGAAAGGGUGAGUGGCGUCCCUUUGUUUACCUUAGUUUUGCAGACAGCAGCGAAAAGGCAAAGUAAGCUACUGCAAUAUUCAGCAGUGUUAAUGUUUAAUAUUUCUUCAGUGUCCCCUGAAACGAAUAGCCACUGUGGAUGAGGAAGACUGUAAUUGUGUUGUCGGACCACCUGGUCAGCGUGGGCCACCAGGACGCAUGGUAAAACGCACACAAACACACUCUCAUCCUCCAGAAAUCACUCAGCAAUAAUGUGGAAAUCAAAUGGACCUGUUCAAUUCUAUUGAUGUUUUUGAAGA